AUGAAAACUCUAACAAUACCUAAUCUGACAGAGUUGUACAAUGCUGGAGUCAAGUUUAAGAGAUCAACUGGAAGCUUGUUAGACAUAAAAUUCUGUCAAGGAACUUUGGAGAUUCCUCGUCUACGAAUACGUACCUCGACAGAAAGCUUUAUUCUGAAUAUGCUUGCCUUUGAGCAACGCCAUUUUCUUGAAUAUUACAUCAAUGAUUAUGUCUUCAUCCUCAACCGUCUCAUCAACAGCACCCAGGAUGUUCAGUUGCUUGUUCAGAGUGAAGUGUUUGAGAGUAAGCUUCCUGAUGCUCAAGCGGUCGUGGCAUCCCUUAAUAACCUUGCCAGGGGAAGUAUCCUGCGCCAUAAACAUUUCAACUUCAAAUAUCUGUGUGAUGGCCUGAAUGAUUAUUACAAUAAACCGUGGAACACAUGGAUGGCAACCUUAAAGCACGACUAUUUCAGCUCUCCAUUGACUAUUUUCGCGGUAGGUGUGGCAAGUGCAGUCUUUAUACUCACCCUCAUGCAAACAGUGUGUUCGUGCGGAGUUCAGUUUAAGAAAUAA